UGAUCGCGAGCCUCCCCUUAGAGCGCCCACUUGCAUAACUAAUGUGGUGACGUGCUUGGCGGUGUUGAUGAUACGGUUUCUUUAGGGUGUCGGCGGAUUGAUCCUGUAUUACCAAUCGUAACAUGCCGACCGGAGCCUGAUCAGAUCCUGCCUAUGGUAAAAGUCGAGAGGAACUCGUAGAAGAUGAAAAUCUCAUGCUGGGCAGUACGUUUGCGAUUUUAAGUUGACUACUUGCAACACGCCGAAGCGAAACUAAAGGAGAAAGAGAGAACCAAAGACACCAAGUCUCGGACCAUGGAGCAUCAUGUCCACCGCGCAAUAGUGGGGGGGCUCAAGGGGCAGCCAAUGAUUGUCGGCGACAUGCCGCGGCCGCCGCUGCUCCCUGGCAUGGUGAUUGUGAAAGUCAGCUCGGUAGCUCUGAAUCCCGUCGACUACAAAACAGGCGAGGCAAUGCCCGCCAUGGGCGCCGUGAUUGGCAUGGACUUCGCUGGUGCCAUCGUCGAGAUCGCAUCUGACUCUAAGACGAGCCUUAAGUGUGGCGACCAUGUGUGUGGUCUGACACAUGGUUCGAAUCCGCACGUGCGUGACAACGGCGCCUUUGCAGAGUACGUCCGGGCCGACCCGUCGUUCCUGUUGAAGAUCCCGUCUUCCUGGGUUGACAACGACGAGAUGGCACGAGCUGCCACACUCGGACUGGCAUUGGUCAGCAGUGCGAUGGCGCUCUGGGGACCGGAAUGUCUGAACUUGACGGCAUCGCCGGAUCGACCGGUCACAGCAAGACCAGAUACAGAUGAAUGGUCUUCAGCCCGACUGCCGGUGCUUGUAUUUGGCGCGAGCACCGCUAGCGGCACCAUCGCAACUCAGAUGCUGCAACUCUCGGGCCUGGACCCCAUUGCAGCCUGUUCGCCGCACAACUUUGAUCUCGUCAAGAGCCGCGGCGCGACUGCCGUGUUCGAUCGCAAUCAACCAGCGGACGAAAUUACAACAGCUAUACGACAGCACACCAAGGGCCAGCUACGACACGUGCUCGACUGCAUCGGCAAUGCCGAGACCGCCGCCAUCUGUUACAGCGCCAUGUCGCGCACGGGUGGGCGGUAUACGUCGCUGAAUCGUGUAUCGGAUGCCGUUCUGAACAGGCGCCGCGCAAUCAGCGCGUCUUUCUUUCACGCAGCAGAGGCGUUCGGCCGGGGGAUAAAUCUCCCCGGUUACAUCGAGAGGCCCGCGGAUGAACGCAAGCGCGAACUUGUAGCGGGAAAGUUCAAAAUGUAUCAGACUCUUUUAGAUGAAGGGAAGCUUCAGUUGCAUUCCACAGAGAUCUUGGAAGUGGGAGGGUUCGAGGGGGUUAUAACAGGAUUAGAGCGAUUGAAGACAGGUGCAAUUUCGGGGAAAAAACUGGUAGUCAGGAUAACGUAAGUGCCUUUGUUUUUAGCGAAUGAUGAACGAAUAAAAUUAGUCUGGCGUUGAACCGACCAAAAGGGUGAGCCUUGGAAGCGGAAAUGGACGUGAUCACGGACCCGUCCCGACAGUCUGUUUGCGCUAAUUUAGUCUCCAGGACAGAGCCCUUGGAUUAAGGGUUGUGGCUGAAACGAAGUCUGAAUUAGCCAAUCAAUGCCGACUUGGCUGCCUACUCCGUAGCUGCUACCAAUUGUUGCCAAGUGUUUCCAAGUGCUCCCAGUUGUCAGAUAGGCUCUAUGAGAGGGAGCUCCUGUGCAUAAGUAGAUCUCAUCGCGCUGGCCUUUCCUUUACUUUCCGCCUUGCCCUCUGUUAGAUGUGCACACGACCGUUGUCAUCUAUAUUCU